GAACUGUCACGUUUCCUCUGUCUCAAUAACACUAGUUUCUCAAGUCCACCAAAAAGAAAAGGAAAUUUUUUUGGGGUGAUUGUCUUCUCGUUGGAUCUUAUUUUCCAAAUUUUGCAUUUCCAAGCUCAAGAAGAACUCCUUGUGUUAGAGUGUGGCUGAGAUAAUUCAAUACAGUAGAGUAACAAGGUAAGAAGGUACCAAUGUUUGGCGGACCAGGAGGUCCUGGAGGCCCUGGACCAGGAGGUCCUGGAGGACCUGGACCAGGCGGUCCGGGAGGCCCAGGCUGGGGACCUGGUCCUGGCGGUCCUGGCGGUCCUGGCUGGGGGGGUCCGGGUCCUGGAGGGCCAUGGGGUCCGGGUCCUGGAUUUGGAGGACCUUGGGGUGGUGGUUUUUUCGGAGGGUUUGCUGAUGGUUUAUGCAGUAUGGUAUCUUCUUUACUGUCUUGCUUGUGCUGCUGCUGGUUGCUACAAGAUUGCUUUGGUGGGCCUCGUGGUCCAUAUGGUCCUCCUCCUGGUGGACCCCCUCGAUUCUGAUCACCUGCUUCAUUCUAUCUAUACAGUGAUGGAAUAACGUUUGCGCAUUUUAUAAACUCACAGCAGAAAAGAGAAAAGACAUACACCUAUUUGAUUUCUUUUCUUCUAUUUGUUCAUCAGUAUUGUAUUGUCAGAGGUUUGAAGGCUCUUCUCUUCACCCUUUAAUUUGUAAUUUCUGAUUGUAUAAUUUGUAUUUGGAUGAAAAAGAAAAAUGGAAGUAAUAUUACUUACCAUAGCCGUGCAUGAUUACACUUAAAAA